GAUCCGGGCUUACGGAUCGAAAGCUUUGCAGUAAUAACGUGGUGUUUCCACAAACAAAACUAUUAUAUUUUAUUUCCAUGCAAACAUACAAAAUAAUUUCCUUGCAGCUAUUUAACACGUACAUGCAGCGCUCUAACACGACUUGUGGUUAGAGAAGUGCACCGAGAGGGCCUUUCUUUUUGUUGUUUUGUUUUAAAAAUGCCGAUCUCUUCCAAAAUAGGUGGGGACACACAGGGUGCGUCCUCUGCGGUGCGUCGGUAGGGGUGCGAGUCUGUUCCAGUAGAACUCCAGUCGUUUUAUAGCUCAGUGUUGCUGUUUCGCGCAUGAUUUCGGCAUUCGCGCGAAUAAAUUUGUUAUUCAAAAUGGCUGGCGGUGAAGAAUGUGAAAGUUUGUUUUCACUUGAAGUUAUUGUCGAAACUGUUGAGAAUAUUUGUGUUUCUUGUUAUAAACCUACGAUAGCCUUUCGUCUUCUUGAUUUUCCGACUGUUGUGAUAUGCCCAGAACGCCAGGGAGGACUGUCUAGAAACGAAGUAUCGUAUGAAAUUCAAUCAGGCAAGUCUUGUUUAUUUAAAAUGAGUAAAGAAAUGCUCUGUGAAAGACUGGAAAACACUCCUCUGUAUAUUAUGUUGGUAGAUACCUCUUUUGAAAAGACUAAACUCUUGGCAAGCACAACUAUAUCUUUGCUGAGUUGCUUUCAAACUAUUCUCUCAAAUAUUGAAAAUAAUGGGUUAGACGUACCAGCAGUUUCUGGCAGCAAAGGGGAAUUUCCAAUGUACAAUUUAAUGGGGUCCCAAGUUGCUACAGUCAAUUUAGGGUAUAGAAUGUUUAGUUUUGGUGUUGGUAUGACUGGUCAUGUGAAUCUUUCACUUUCAAAGCAAAUUAAACGAAGCGAAAAUAUUCUGACCGAGUUACCUUCUCAACAACCUGAAAUGGCUGGAAAAGAAAAUGGCCAGUUUAAGCAACCAUCUUCAUCUCAUGAAGAGAACGGUGCUACCAGUAACAGAAAACCGGUUAUUCCUGACAUAGUUGAAGAAAACCGCACUUUACAAACUGAUGCUCAUACUCAAACUGACAACAUCAAUACAAAACAGCAAAGUGUAACACCUCCACUCCUAUAUAAUAACCCCGAGUCAUUUAGUGUUCACCACCAUAAGAAUAUUUCAAGACCACCACCAUUAUACUAUAACAGUACUUCGACAAUCACCAAACCAAGAGUAAUGCCCAUAUCCCUGGGAAGGUUGGUUAAUUCCAACAACGAUUUGACCAAACUAAGAACACAAUCUGCAUCAGUGAAAAAUCCUAACAAGGAAAUUAAUUCCAGACCACAAUAUUGUGAUACAUCUGUACGAACUUGUGAAAUUUCAUAUAAUGUACCCACACAAAGGAACGAUGAUUCAACUCGGUGUCUAAAUGAUAACCAAUUAAGUCUGCCACUAAUUGAAGCAUUGCUUAACGAACUAUCAUUGGUGAGAACAAAAUUUGUAGGUAACGAUUUACCUCAACAAAUUAAUGAAGGUAGCACAUCCCAUUGCAAAAAUGAGGAAGUUAAAAUUUUUGAGACAGGUCAUGUUCUUUCACAAAAAGCACAGCCACAGGAUCAGAAAAUCAAGAAAAUGAAGGUUGCCCAUCCACAAACAAAGAAAAGUAUACCAACAAGGGCAACUAGUAAAGGUGUAUUGAUAUCAAGACAUCCAAUCAAAUUUAAGAAAAGCUCCCUGAAGUAUGGCACAACUAGGACACAGAAGUUACGGGAAGCAAUAAACAAGAAUAUUCACAGUGAACAAAAUUUAGAGCAAACAGGCUUUCAGAAGAAAGGAGAAUUUUUAAGACAGGAUAACAAUGUGCAAAACAACAGUGCAUUGGAGCAGAAAUCAAAGCAGAUUUUGAGAGAAAAUAAAUCAACAAUGACACAGAAUGACGAGUUGGAAUGUAAAGAUAUUGGCAUACAAGUGAAGAUAAGUGAUGAUAAGUUUCCUAGUAGCAUACCGAAACAUCUGAGUCAGGACUCUUUAUUGAAUAGUGGUGAUUUAAAUAAUGUUAUCCUAGGUAUGUACAGUAUAUUUACUUAUUUUUCAAUGAUUUUUCAUAUUUAUGAUUUUCAUAUAAUGAUUUUCCAUAGUUACUCCUUUAAGUGGCAAUGCACCUUGAUGUGAAUUGCCUUGUUAUUUAACUCUGUCUAACCCCAGCAGUGGCAGAAAUUUUGCAAAUUAUUGGGGGUGGGGGAGGGGGGGGGCGGCAAUUACUAUACCAACAUACUGUACAUGUAUUUUCCUGGAAAUCUUAAUUCUAUUAAUUUGAAACCUUUUGGCCUUAAUUUUCAUGCAAUGUAUAGCUUAAUUUAUGGCCUACCAUUGCAUUCAUGGUUCAAACAAUGUCACAGUUUUAUUGCACAGUUAUUUACUAGGAUUUUUGAAAUUAUUGACAGGUAUUUCUUCAUGUUAGUGCGCCACUGAAUGCCAGAUGAUUUUACUUGUCAAAGGGAGGGUGCUGCCAUUCAUUGGCAGGGUUAUUGUUUGUAAUACUUUUGAUUCUGUGUGUUGGGGUUGUAACAUGAUUGCAAAAUGUAUUGUGUAGCCGAAGAAGCGAUCAACUGCUGUUUAACCCACUAAUAUGCAAUCCAACCAAUGGCCCCAACUCUAUUAUUUUACUUAGUUCAAUGAACAGACUUGGAAAAGUGUUGAAUAUUAAUGAUUAACCAGACUAUCUGCCUAUCAUCUGUUAAACCAUUCAUCCACAUACAAUAUGCUCUCAAUUAGUUGAUACAAUAUAUCAAUUGCAAGAUAAAUGCUUAGAGUACUGGCGACCAAUACAGUAUUUUUGAAAUGAGUGAAUUUGGAUUGAAUAGUUAUUAACCCUAUGGAGUGAAACAGAAAAUUAGAUUUUGAAACACAAUAUGGAAUUUUAAACUUGUUAAAAUUUGCCAAAACCUCGAAAUAUGGAUUGUUCCUUGAUCCAGUUGCUACAUGAAUGACUUAAAAUUGCUUACCAACUGAAAGAAAACUGGAGUUUAUCCAUGUAUUUGGUAGUACUGCCGCAGUAUUUCAAUUGGUAGAGUCAAAUUAAAUGCGUUUUUUACACCUGUGUGUGUGUGUGUGUGUGUGUGAAUAGAAUAUGUGUUGAUUAAUCCGGGUGGUCACUACAGGGGGAAAUAAUGUAAACCUUACCGAUUAUUCUCUUUUACCCAAUGGCCUCGUUUUCAUGUCAAAUACUUACUCAUGUUUUGUGCUUAGCAGGGUUGAAAAUUACUUUGUUAUUGAGCCUAAGCACAGCAAGAAACAAAUUUGUCCAGGAAAACAUUAGUAGGAAAACAUGGGAAUAUAAUCUUUAUCUGCCCCUGACAUGCUAAAAUAAGUUAACAUGGAAACGAGGCCAUUGGGUAAAAGAGAAUAAUCGGUAAGAUCUAUUGGAGUAAAUAAUGAAUAAAACCUGUGGUAUUUGGUAGUUUGCAUCUGACUGAGGCGAAAUUAUAAUCAAAGAACUGCAUAUUCGGAGUUGCAAGCGGAAUAUUUUUACUUUAACAUUCUUAGCUGCAUUAUUCAAUAUUAUUUCUUACCUUAACUAUUCCAAAUUAAGAUACAGUAGCUGCGGGGGCGUCAAAUAUUCAUUCCAAUUUCAAAAUAUUCAUAUUUUUACCCUCGAUAUUCCUACCUCAGACAUUCAUAUUCACAGGCCUUAAAAUAUCGGUCGGUCACGGACAUUGUCCGACCCAUUCGUGAAAUUGUCCGACGUAGAAAGGAAACCACCGGACAUUCUGUCCGAACUAAGUGAAACUGAGGUUUAUUGUUUGUCCGACCCAAGUGUAUUGGUGUCCGACCGAACUGUAGCUUUGUCAGACGUAUAAAUCAAAAUGUACCCUAGCCCAAGACUAGAGGCUUGUAUGUUAAAUGGAAAAUCACAGUACUAUUGUAUAAAAGGUCAACUGGAAAUGGUUUUUUUUUAACGUAGUCGAGCGCGGGGCGGCGAGCGAAAUGAUAAAGUGGAAAACGGGCUUAAGUUGUCGAAGUCUUUUUGAUACUGCUGUUCUGGAAAACAAGUUAAUUUUGGCUUGGAAAUAAGUAUGAAAGAAACAAAUUCUUUAAUAUCUUUACAACAUUUACCGUUUAUUCAUUUGUGUCAUUCAGACUUAUUUCCGAGUCAAAACUGAACUGAAGGUCAUCGGACAUACAGUAUGUCCGACCCAAACUCAACGUCACCCGACAUUUUGUCAGACGGCCCUGGAAAAGAUAUUUUAAGGCCUGGUCAUAUUCCUACCACCGAUGUUCAUAUAUUGAAACUACUCCAAAUCCUAUAUUCAAUAUUCGACUUCCACCCCCGCUGCAUAUGGCAGACAUUGAACCCCCUGUCACAUUGUGCCAGCAAUACCCUCGAUAAGAUAGGGUUAAUUAUUCCUCAGUUCGAAGAAAAAAAACGUGGGCACAUAUCUAGCGGAAAAUCUUACCUUAUAAAGAAAACAGUACCAAUUCGACUAAACAAAAAAGUGUUAUGUUAAUGCUAAAACCAACUGAUAUUAGAUAACAUACUUCAUUAUUUUGUAUUCAGGAGCGACCUACAUUAACGACGCAGUUCCACUCAGUGCUGUGGUCAUUACAAAUCAUGCUGAUGACAACACUGAUGGAUUAUUGAGUCACAAUGAUCUUAGUCCAAACCAACCUUUAUUAAGCAAUAAACUAUUUUCAAAUCCUGGUGAGUUACCAACGUUCUCAAAUGUAUCACCUACAGUUCCAACAGCAAGCAACACGAGAUACAGCAACAGUGAGCGAUCCAGUAAGGAAUCUCAAGAAAAAUCUAAUUCCUUGGAGAGUAGCUUAUCAAAUAAAAGUCUAGGUUUGAUCACUAGGCCAGUUGGUGAAGUGCACAGUAACAGUGAGAGAUCCAGUAAUCAGAAAUUACCAGACAAGUCUAGUUCCUCAGACGGUGGAUUAUCAGAUGGAAGUCUUGGCUUAGAAAAUAAGCCAGCUGUUGAAGCGCGCAGUAACAGUGACAGAUCCAGCAGUAUUAAAGGAUUUCGAAACAAACCUAUUUCCUCAGAUGGUAGAUUGUCAGAUGAAAUUCUUGGCUUCGAAAAUAAGCCACCUGCGCGCAGUAACAGUGAGAGAUCCAGUAUGGAAUCGGCACGGGACAAAUCAAUUUCUUCAGACAGUAGACUAUCAAAUAGAAGUCUUGAUUUCGUCAGUAAGCCAGUGGGUGACGUAUUGUCGAUGUCAAGUUAUUCUGACAAUUUUGAAUCUGAUGCAAGUGACCAUACGCGAGGCAGUAGUGCAAGCUGACCACAGUUAUCUUUCAAGUAAGUGCCAUUGUAAAAGUUAGUUGUGGUGAAGACCGUGUUGACACGAUGCAAUUUUUACUGAAACUAGUGUAGCAACGCUUUAUUCGUAUCGAAGAAAAUAUCAUUUCAGUGAGGCAACAAUUACCUUUCGGUACCGUGCCGCCACAACACAAACGGGAAUGUUCUGUUUAACUUGUGAAAGUGUGAAACAUGCAGGUAUAUAUUAAUAUAUACAUAAUAAAAGUCCAUCCAGU